AUGCAGUUGGAAGAUACUGUGGAUUUGUUACAGGAUCAAGAACUUAAUUUAUCAAAUCAACAGCUUACAAGUUUUAAGUUGCCAGUCAUUAAUGAUUCAAGAGCAGGUCGAUUGGAAAAUGGCUUGAUGGGUCUCGGCAUUCAAGUACCUUCAUGGAAAGAAAGAUUCCCAGACCCUGGUAAGGCUACAGAUGAGAGAAGACAAUUGUAUGUUAAUGUUCAUAGCCUAUCUUGGAGGUCGAGUGAGGUAUAA